AUGUCUGCCGUGGUCAACAAUUUUUUGAAACGCGGCGCUGAGCUAUGUGCUGCCCGAAAGCCAUUUACUCUCGUCCUGGGAAAUGAAGCGGGUGACAUGGAUAGCAUCAUUGGUUCAAUUUUCUUGGCGUUAUAUCUGGAAACCCAUUCUGAUUUGGGAAAAGGAAAUUAUGUUCCUGCAUUGAACUUUGAAAAGGAGGAUCUUCCAUUGCGCGGAGAUGUUAUAAAUUUGUUUUCAAAGCAUGAAAUAUCAACAGAAUGGUUGCUGUCUGUUAAAGGAACACCGGGCAUGGGAAACUUUUUGGAUCUACAGACAAUCCAAGGGGAUGUUGUUUUGUACGAUCAUAAUAAACUCGUACCUGAACAGAGUUUUUUGGAGAAAAAUGUGGUUGGUGUCAUAGACCAUCAUUUUGACGAGAAACUAUAUUUGGAUCGAUCCAGUCACUUUCGGCGAAUAGAAACGGUGGGUUCAGCUUGCACUAUUGUCGCAGAGCUUUUUCGAGCGGCGGAGUUGACAAUUCCAUGCCCGCAGCUUCUUUUGGCUGCCAUUGUACUGGACACUGUGAACUUCAAUCCUGAGCAAAAAAAAGUCACGGAAAAGGAUGUUGUUCUAUCCCAAUGGCUUCUACAACAAAUUGCUGAACCCAUUAACCUCACAAAGAUGUUUUCGGAGCUAGCAGCAUGGAAGCAUGAUAUACUUGGCCUUAACUUUUCUCAGCAUUUUCGCCGAGACUACAAGAAGUUUGAGUGUUCAUUUACGAGAUAUUCAAAUAAGUCCCUGCAACUAGGAAUUAGCAGCAUUUCAUGCCGAUUUGAUCAGUUGCUUGGCUCAUUGGGAAUGCCGGAACUCGCUUCCAACUGCCUUGAAUUUUUGGCAUCAAAAAACGUGGAUGCGUUGCUCUUGGCUUUUGCCGGUGAAAGGGGGUCUGGAAAUUAUUGUCGACAGUUGUCAUUUAUCGCAAAGGGGAUCGUUCUUGAAGCACUAAAGGAAUUUGCGAAAAGUUCGCCCGCGGGGAUUAUUUUUACCCUUAUAGACAGCACGCAGCAGAAUGAAUGGGAAUUAAUCUGUUAUGAAUUGAGUGAUCCUUCGGUUUCCCGCAAGCGUCUUGCACCGGCACUGUUGAUGUUUCUUGCCUCUUGGCAGAAGCUGUAA